AUGUGGCCCCCAGACCCGGACCCCGAGCCGGACCCGAGCCCGCCCGCCGCCAAGCUCCGCACCCCGGACGGCCCCGCUGAAAACCAGCGCCCGGGGCAGAGGCGAGGCGGGGCCCGAACCCGCGCUCUCCCCGGCCCUCCACGCGCGCGUGCAAAGCUGGGGGUGGCCAAGGUCUCCAGCCUCCAGGCCUGGGGUCUCUCCUUCAUCAUCUUUGUCUGCUACGUGGCGUCCACAGCGUCCGCCUUCCUCACCGCGCCCCUCCUGGAGUUCCUGCUGGCCCUCUUCUUCCUCUUUGCUGAUGCCAUGCAGUUGAAUGACAAGUGGCAGGGCUUGUGCUGGCCCAUGAUGGACUUCCUACGCUGUGUCACAGCGGCCCUCAUCUACUUUGCCAUCUCCAUCACAGCUGUCGCUAAAUACUCCGAUGGGGCUGCCAAAGCAGCCGGGGUGUUUGGCUUCUUUGCCACCAUCGUAUUUGCCAUUGACUUCUACCUGAUCUUCAACGACGUGGCCAAAUUCCUCAAACAAGAGGGCUCUGCAGACGAGACCACAGCCAACAAGGAGGAAGAAGAGGAUUCCGACUCUGACUCCGACUGAAGGGCUGCCCGGCCCUGGCAGCCCGAGCCACGCGGGCCUUCCCUCCUGCACUUCUCACCGGCUGGCUGGCCGGCCGGAGCGAGGCCUGGGGACCGGGAGUGUUGGAGGAAGGCUGCCACUUCUCCAGAGGAGCAGGCCUCCUCGCAGCCCCAAGGUGACGUUUCUGAGCCUAUCUAACCGCUCUGCACAGGAGGGCAUCGUGAAUGUUCCGCCACUCCUCGUUUCUGUCCCACAGACCUUAAGCCCUUUGACCUCCCUACCGAAAAUAAGCACAAAGGGACAAAGCAAAUAGAGCCAUUUGACCCCUGUCACAGGGAUCUGCAUGCCAAGGGGGGUGGAUAGAGGUAACGGGACGACGGAAGUAAGGCAGAAACCACCAGCCCCCCAGCCCCAGGGACCUUCGUCUGCAUUUGGUGCCCCUGCCCAUGCCAGGCACUUUGUCGAGAAUGAUCCUUCCAAGGUUCUUUGGUUCAAGGAGCACCACUUCCUUCAUUCUGUAAGCAGGGAGGAAGCUGGCCUUUGCCAUGCCUUUAACUGCCUCCUCGCACCCCUGGAAACUGUGACUCCUUCAGGGGACAGGACUAUUGUGGGUCUAAGACCAUUUCAAAGAAAAGCUCGUAAAGUAGCUUACCAGGUCCAAAAGAUCAGGGGACCACAGGAAGGGACAGCGUCCUGGGUCGCUGGGCAGACUCAGCCGGAGCCGCUCUGCCCCAGGGUCCGCCAGCAGCCACAGGCUCUUGGACGCUCGGGACCAUGUGCUUCUAGACACCAGAGCAGGUCUCCCGACCACUCACAAGAGGUGAGACGUGCCUUCUGUGUUCUCCUGUGCUGUGUAUAUAUCUUCAAUGGAUUUUGUAACUUUAUAUAAUUUUUUUAUACAAAAGCAGCUUCUUAAAUAGCAUUUCCUGUGACCAAGAGGCCUUACGAAAUGAGCCAGAGUUCUGGACCCAUUUGGGAGCAUUUGUAACUUUCGUUCUUCUCUUGCAUGUGAAUCUCCUCCCCUGAAAAAAAGCCAUAAUGAAUUAAACCAGACUGACUACCUGCA